UCUUCGCGCUAUGGUGCUGCUGCAGCGAACUGCUUGAGGCAGCACCCGUUCGGCCAGACGACCGAAUGUCCACUAUGCCUCGGGAUCCCGUCUACUACAAGCGAUACUGGCGGCGUCGCCCCUCGCCCCACAAUCCCGAUCUCGAUGUGCUUGAGGUGCGACACUUGUACUUCCUGAAACGAUCGACCACAACACCGCGACCAGUGAAGAGACUGAGCGAGUCUGAACUUGACCGUAAAAUACGAUGCGAUUUUCAGCCCACACUGCCGGAAUGCUCAGGUGACAUCUAUAGCCGGCCAUUAACAACAACGACAACCACAACAACAACGCAACGCCCCACUACCUCCACUACAACAACGACCCCCAGCAAUUGGCCUACUGUCUUGCCUCUUUUGCCUGAAGACACGGAAACGACGGAAACAGCAGAAACUGAAGAAGAAGUUGAUGCUGAAACCGAAGGCGGAACAGAAGCCGAAACUGAAAGGACCAGUGUCGAUGAAGUACAAAUUGUGGAUGUUGAAGACCCUGCAGAUGAUCAUGAUGAGAAUGCUGAGGGUACUGAGAACGCAGAGAGUUUAGAUGAAAAAGAGAAAGCCAGUAGUAAUGCAGAUGAUGAAGAAACCGUUGAUUUGGGCAACGAUGACGAGGAGGAGGACACCUAUAUUGGCGACGAACAUGAGGAGCCUACGGAGGACUAUUCUGAGGAAAAUACUAACGUUGGCAUUGGUAGAUUAGAUAAUGCCUAUUCAUAUUAAUAUACCACAUUUAAAAGUGCCAUAUUUGGGUUAAAUAUAUGGAAAUCUAUUUUUUUGUGUUCCUGGUA